AUGUCACGUCGUCGUGCCUCCAACAGUGAAUCGUUGGCAAACUCGCCCAUGAACGAGGCCGUGGCUUAUCCUUUCACCGGCAUGCAACAGAGCCAUACAUUACCCCAGCGGCGCGGCCCGAUCGAAGGGCCUGGUGGACGGAGGUUGACUCGAAGAGUCACCUGGCGGUCAUCCACCUACAAGCUCAUGGCAUCCCUUUGGGUGCUGGGGGUGCUCUAUAUGGUCUGGCUCAUUCGCGACAUCUUCUAUCUCCCUUUUUCAUACUCCUCAAAACACGCGAUAGACACGAAUGCUGGGGAUGAUCUGUUAGCUCAGUACGUGGGCCGUGAAGAAUGCGGCAUCUCUUCUCACGCUCUCUAUCUACCUCCUCACUCCAAUGGUGGUUCUGUGUUGAGCGAGCUGUACUGCCAGACUCGCGAGUCCUUGCUCAGUUCAAUGAGUAGUGGCGGGCGCCAUGGCUUUGGCGCCCCUUAUACUUCCCAAAGUUGUUUCUAUCGUUGGUAUACGAAUGCCGAGAUAUGUGAAAUCCUCGGGCGUUUUGAUGGUGUCCUUUUUGUUGGCGAUGACACCCUAGCGGACGCCUACGCGGGCUUCAACAUCCUCCUCCGCCAGGAUCUAAAACAAGGAUCCUUAAAGGAGUGGGAGAUAAGCAGUUACAUUGACACGACCUGUCGGUGCAAUUCACAAUUUACAACCCCUGCCUGCUCUUCUUCUCGAAUCACCUCGAGCGAAGAACUCUACGCCGAAGAAGGCAAGAAAACUCAGGUUCCCUAUACUUGUUCGACCAAUACUCCCCACGCAUUUCUCUCUGUUACAGGCUCACCUGCGCCGAGUACCGCACAUAACGAAUUCAAGAGCCUCCUCGCUCGUUCAUCUGAGAAAAAGCAGCCCAUAGCCUUGAUUCAGAGCCUCUCUCUCUCAACAUCAUACUCGCUAUCCACGGCUACAAAAAGCAUAGAAGAAUGGCUGACUCUCGCCAAAACCAGCGCAAGGAGAACUCCAUUCCUCUGGAUGGGUCCGACGGCGCCCGGCCACCAAAACCCACCUGGAGACAACGUUCAUGCAAGCAGCUGGCAAUACACCCAAGAGACCGCCCAGGUAGCGCAAAGCAAAGGCAUCGACGUUCUAGGCAUGUACAACGCGACAUUACAGGCCGAGAGCUGGGACGGCAUGCGUUACGGCGAAGAGGUGGCCCUUAUGCAGGCGAUGAUGAUCAUCAAUUGGUUAGCGUCGCUUUAG